GCAUCGAUAAUCUGCCAGUACUACAAAUAUUAGUUUGACAGCUACAGAAUUAAUGCGAAUUUAUUGACGACUCCAUUUGUUAAUUGCGAAAAAGAUGGAUUUGUGUGCGGAAAAGUUGGUUUGUUUUCUUACGGUAAUUUUAUUAGCACUGCUCAAACACGGCGUAUGUUCUACGAGUAGCAAUGAGUAUAUGAAGCGUGAACAUUCAUUGAUACGGCCAUUCCAAGGCGUUGGGAUAAAUUUACCAUACUGGGAUUUCUUGGGUCACACAAUGGUCACCAGCAACUACAUAAGACUAACGCCGGAUUUGCAAUCAAAGAGCGGUGCACUGUGGAACUAUUCGCCCGUUAUGACACGUAAUUGGGAGGUACAUGUAACAUUCAAAGUACACGGUAAAGGCAACGAGUUAUACGGAGACGGAUUUGCUAUUUGGUAUACGAAAGAGCGUAUGCAGACAGGACCUGUGUUUGGCAGCAAGGAUUAUUUCUCUGGCUUGGCGGUAAUAUUGGACACAUACAGCAAUCACAAUGGUCCACAUAAUCAUCAACAUCCCUACCUCAGUGCUAUGAUAAAUAAUGGCACAUGGACAUAUGAUCAUGAUCGAGAUGGCACUCAUACUCAACUUGAAGGUUGCGAGGUGCGUUUCCGAAAUGUGGACUACGACACGCAUGUGAGUAUACGUUAUGAAAAUGAUGUCCUCUCAAUUUCCACGGAUAUGGAAAACCGAGGCGAGUGGAAAAAUUGUUUUGUCGUGAAUGAUGUUGAGUUGCCUACUGGCUAUUUCUUGGGACUAUCUGCGACAACUGGUGAUCUUUCCGACAGCCACGACAUACUCGGCAUCAAGUUUUACGAUCUCGAUAUAAAUGUUACGCCCGAAGAGAUAUCAGCACGCUCUACUAUUGUACCACGCGCGAAAACCUAUGAACCACCUCGUGAGCACAAAGACGACCCUAAACCGGGAAUGUCGAAUAUAAAAAUAUUCUUUAUACUUUUAUUUGGCAUGUUAGUUGCAAUCGCUGGUGCUAUCUUUGCGAUCUCAUACUUCAAAGAGAAGAACUCAAGAAAGCGAUUCUAUUAAACUGAUACAUCUAUCUUCCACCACUCCACAUAAAACACAUCACAGACUUCUUAGAAAAAUAAUGUAAUAAAAAGAUUAAUACGAUGAACUGCAUAAGAGAGCAA